AUGUCCUCAAAAUUAGUUGUUUUGCUUGCCCUUGCUGCUUCUGCAUUCGCUUGUGAUGUUCAAUGGCCAAACACUACCAACACUGAAAUCACUUGGUGGCAAUGCGGAGGUCAAAUCCAAUUCACUAGUGCCAAGCCUACUGAUAUGAAAGGAAACUACGAAUAUCCAAUUCAUCUCAGCAAGCCAUUAUUAAUCGUUACUGAUGCCAAUAACCCAAAGAACGUUUACGACAAGCCAAAUCUCAAGCAGACUAUCAAUGUGUGGUCCUGGACUACCAGCUGCACCUGGUCUUCCGUUCCAACCUUCGGAUUAUUGAAAAACUUGGAUGCUUGCACUAAUGGAGUUCAAUGCCCAAUUAAGACUGGCAAACAGGUGCUCAAGUUUGAGCUCGAUUUCUCCGACUACGGAACCAUUAUCAAUCUCUUGAAAGAUAAUGCUCCCUAUCAAUUGGAGUACGAGUUGCACGAUACCAAAUUAGGACAAGCUGCUUGCAUCAUGUUCCAAGCUAAGGCUUUCAUCACAUAA